AUGGGUAUCGGAAAAGACAGAAUUAUAUUUGCGACCAAGGAGGACCAUGAGACACCAAGCAGUGCUGAACUGGUUGCAGAUGACCCAGACGACCCUUAUGAAGAACAAGGAUUGAUAUUGCCCAAUGGAGAUAUCAAUUGGAAUUGCCCGUGCCUGGGUGGAAUGGCUAGUGGUCCCUGUGGGGAACAGUUCAAGUCAGCCUUUUCUUGUUUCCACUAUAGCACAGAAGAAAUAAAGGGAUCAGACUGUGUGGACGAGGAUGAAAAUGAAGAAAAAGAGAAGUCAAGCAAAGAUUUGGAAGCUGCUUCUAUGGAGGCUUCUGCUGCCAAAGAGGAGAAGGGAUCUAGCUAAUGAAGAUGCGAGGAGGCUGUUGUCUCCAUUUCUCACUUCCAGAGACCUGGACUUUUGCAGUAUGUCUGUUCUUCUGAGUUGUCAAGAAAUGUUUCACCAUUGUUCUAUGCACUGUAUCAUAGUAAAUAAUUUAUUGCUGAAGGAGAAAUCUCAGUGCUACAGCCUUGCAAAUAAAUACUGCAAAAAGAAUGAGUAUCUAUAUGUAUUGUGUAACCUGCUAUCAGACACAGUUAAUAUUUCAACAGCUGUUUUUUACCUUCAAGUUCUCCUUGAGUUUUGACUGGAACAAUGUCUUUAUAUAGCUUUCAACUAAAAUUCCACUAGCACACCAGGUCUGUCUUCAUUUAAGUAUGUUCUGAUCCAUAGCUGCUCUUUUAAAUGUAUUCUGUUCCAUUAAUAGAAAUUGCAUUAAAUGAUUGUUUUCCCUUAAAGAUUUUUUUGCCAGAGUGAUACAGGACAUUAAAAAUUACAUAAAUCUAAAAUUUUCAAAAUAAUUUCAAAUGGUCAUAUUAGAUUACGGUUCCAUCAUCAGGUAAGGACUGCCAGAAAUAUGUUGAAUGGUGUAUCUCCUUUGAUUUCAUUUACUACUUGUGAUGGCUUCUGCAUUUUUAAAAGCAGUGUGUUGCACAACUGUUGAAUGUAAAGAAUGUUGGUCACUGGCUUUAUUUUUUGCUCUGAAACCACAGUUUUUGGGUUCUUUUAGUUAGUACUUGCUCCUUCAGUGUUUAGACAGGCUCUUGUAAAAUACUUUGAGAAUACAAUGAAAAUGUUACCUGGUGUAAUGAUCUCAAAACAGAUACUGUGACUUAAGUGCAUAUUAAAAAGCAAAUAUUUUUACCUUCAUUGAAAGCUCCUGUUUGUGUGAUGUGGGUUUUUUUUGUUAAUGCUGCUUGGAUUUAGGAUACUCUUCUGUGUUGUAAGCAGACUUUGAAUGAAUUUGUGGGUUGUGAAGAUCAGUUCCUUCAGCUUGUCAGAUUUUUAAUCUUGUCCCAUUCUUUUUCUUCCCAGCCCCAGGCAGGAAGGUGUAUAAAAUGUAAAGCAUUUUCAGUAGCUAUAGUAGACUAUGGAUCAUGAGCCAGCACUACAGAGGACCUGAACAGCUAUUAAAAAAAUAUUUGAAAACUACUUUAGAGGUGCAAAUAAUUAAUAGUAAUUCAUGAUCCUGUGGAUAAGGGAAUGCUACAUUGUUUUUCUUUCCUAACAAAAUGUAGGCUUUGAGAACUGUAUUACAAAACAAAUUGUACCUGUGGCUUCAGUAACUGUCCAUUGCGGAGUUGUUUGGGGGUUUUUUCCUCUCCUUAUGUGCUAGCUAACCAAGGCAUAAAAAGUUGUAGUGGCAAUAAUGCAGCCCAGUAAGUAGUAAUGUUUAAACACUUGCCUGUCUCUGCAGGCAGCAGUUGUGAGUGCUUGGCAACAUUGCUUCCUUACAAAGUUUUAGUAUCUUGUUGUUUGCAUAAAUUAUUUCAAUGUCAGUGAUGAUGCUUCUGAAUGAUUCAGGGGAAUUUCUAUUAAAUUUCACAGUGUGUUUGAGUUGCUUAUAUUUCAGUACAGCUGUUGGAUCAUCAAAAAAAAAAUGUAGGUAAUUUAGUGGCUGACAACUACUCAGUUCUGAGAGUGUGGAUAGCAGAUACUCUCAGUGUCUCUCUGCUUUUAAAAGAAACAAAGUGUGACAGAGCUUCUCAGUGUGACUCUUUCAGGUGUAGGAAGAAAAAUGCCAACCUGAGUAAAUGGGCACAAAAGCAGCAGUGAUAAACCUUGGCACUUAGGCAGUUAGACCAUGAAAAUGAAAUCUUAGGCAAUCAGAUAAACACUGGGCACCAAAUAAAAAAAAAAUCGCAUGCAUCCAAGCUUUUGGUUGUUCAAAUGGAAAUCCAACGCGUUAUUUGUGAAGAAGCAAGAGGUGUUUGUGA